CUCAAUCUUACAGUGGGAAACCACGAUGAUAGAUUCUUAUCUUACAUUUGAUUCCAUCUGAACCUAUCCAAUAUAUCUUGAUUCUCUUUUAUAGUCUAUAAUUACCUGAACUUUUGCGAAAGCUCACACGUGAGACCAUACCGUAGUGAACAAGCCCAGGUUUUGCGCUCCCCUUUUUUAUUUGCGGUUCUAUUUUGGCGUAUACAACUGCGUCCCUGGUGAUUGAGCGAUGGUCUCCUGCUGCCUAGCUAACCAAGUGACUUCAUGGGUGACGCAGUAGGAGCGGUCGGCACAGCAGCCGGCCUGGUAUCGCUCGGCUUACAGCUCUACAAUGGUAUAUCGACGUACCUCGAGGCGCUCGAGAGUCGCAAGGAUGACUUGAAGUCGGCACAGGCACAGCUGACGAACCUGCGAAGGUCGCUGGCAGUCGUGGAUGAUGUGCUACCACAAUUGGCAUUGAUCCGAGGUUCCGCGGUCGACACCGUGUCCUCCUCAUUAGAGCAGUGCAAGGCGGAACUGAGCCAGCUGGACAUUUUUGUUAAGAAACUGGUGGGCAUAUCUGCUUCAUCCUCGACGUUCAAGGAGCGAAUGAAACUGUUGAAAUUUCCCUUCAACCGUCAUAAUUUAGCAAUGUUGGAGGAGAGGCUGCAUAAGACCAAUAAUGUAUUUCAGACUGUUAUAAGUACUUUUCAUCUGCUCAAUUCUCUCGACAUUGGAAGCAAAAUAUCGGAAGUGAAGACGGAUAUGGACCAGAUCCCUGAACUCAAUUCCAAGGUCGGCCAGCUGUUGCUCGAAAUCCAUGGUUUACGGACAGUUGUAGAAGAUGUGACUACAGAAGUCAAUUCCACGGCUGCCGCCAUACAUGCAAGCAGCACUACUGUAGGUCACCUCCAAUCUGGUGUCGAGGCGUUUGCGCCCAAGGUCGUUUCUCAGUUGAGCACUAUUAGGCAGGGUUUCGAUACUGUUGCAAAGCGAAACGACGUGAGCGAAGUAAAGACUAUUGUCAAGAACAAUGCCGAUGUCCUAAAGCAGAUCACCACUGCUAUGGAUCACCUAACCGGAAUGACAGAUAGUAGUCUGCCAAAUCUGGCCCAAAUGAGCAGCACCCUUGCUUCUAUGAAUCGAAUGUUGCAGGGCUUGUCAGAAACAGAGCGAUUACUUGACGUAAAAGAUCACUGGCAACCAGGUCAUCGUCGAGCGGCAGUGUCACGGUUGUUGGCCAAGCCAAGCCAGACGAAGGAGUUGUAUGACUUGUUACCACCGAAUUGGACGGCCACGGGCUUGCGAAAACGUACUCGCAAUUCUAUACCUCAAGUAUUCUACGGGGAUGUCCGUAGGCGGCCACGUUGUUCUUGUCUUCACCAGAAAGAUCAUACUACGAAUCAAUGGAGCCUUGGAUAUUUCUGGAUGCGGUCAGAGAGACGGACCCACGGUCAUGCGCCCACCUGCGAAUAUUUCAAUGACAGUGUUAGACAAACGUCACGUUUGUUCGAUUUGGUCGUAGCGGGCCACAACUCCAUUCUAUCCGUGGGCUUGCGCCUGACCUUCGCGAUAACCACGGGAGCUGGCGCCUGGGGCAUAAGUCCUAACAUUACUUUUCGGCCUGUGGUUGAUUCAAAAGUUUCGCCUGUGUUCAUGGUUUGCAGAUUACUGCAGCAUGUCCUUUGUUUCACAACAGAAUGGAGCGAUGCUGAAGCAUCGCGUGUGCUCCAAUCUGCUUUGCAGACAAUAAUGCAAAUUUACAAGGAGAAAAGAUCAACGCCCAACGAUGUUGACGAGUUCGGAAAGUCAAUAUUACACCUGUGGGUACAAACAUAUUCCAUGGCACAGAGCAUUCAAAAAACGAUGCAGGUGGGAAUUUUGGAUUCAUUCGCCACAGAGCUGGUACGAGCAGGUAUUCCUGCAAAUAUUCCUGACUUCAAUGGAAGAAGUCCGGCUAUGAGUCUGGCUGCGAAUCAGUUCGAAACCUAUGCCAUAGGCACUUUACGACUUCUUUUUGAAGAGGCACCAGAGUUGUACUUCAGUAGUGGAAAUAAUUUCCGCUACAACGGGCACGCUUAUUUUUUGAAACAACAUCUUCUAAAUGACCGAACUCAUGCUGAAAUAUUCGAUUCUGGGCCACUGAGUACGGCAAUAAUUACAAAUCACUACGAGCAAAUUGACUACAUUCUUUCCCACCAAACCGCGAUCUUUGAGACCAAUGCGCUUGGACAAACGCCUUUGCAUCUGGCGGUAAAAGAUUUACGCAUGCUUAAGAGUGUGUUACGUGUUUCGGAGGCAAAUUUAGUACGUCUUCGAGACAACUCCCGGUGUCACGUCAUCGACUAUGCUAUGUUACAUAGUUCAGCCCGGUGUCGAAACAAAUCACGUUGGAGUGUUUGUUCCGGCUGUGAUUGCUCGGAUGCUUUGAAUAUGCUGCUUUCUAUUGACGGUUGUCUCGAAAGCUGGCUUGAUGGCAUGGAGUCGCAGCACUUUGGCCAGACUAAUCUAGUGAUUUUUUUCAUCCGGGCGUCACACUGUGUGAGAGAACGACUGUUGGGAGAAAUCAGAAGCAGACGACUACAAUUGAAGAGGAUAGCCUUGGAAGUUUUGAACGAGCGAGAAAUCCAAUCCUACGAACUAUCAAAGGAAACUGUGCUGGAUCGUUAUACAGUUGAUGUCAUAGCGUGCUUGAAGAAUUAUGGUUAUGAGGUAACUGAAUUCCUCGGCUUCGGCUUGUACCAUCAGAUUCAUCCGGAAAUGCCUUCAGUUGCAGCGUCAUUGUAUGGGCGAAUUGCCUCCUCGUUCUCUGGUCAUAAACCGGCCCAUAUUGUGGCAAACCUGAUCUAUGAGUUGGGAUUUCGGGAUGUCGACAUUGCGGAUAGUUCAGGGUACACUCCGCUGAUGCGGUCACUUCACAGACCUUUUCAGGAUAUUCACCUUACACUAUGGCUUUUGGACCACGGUGCUGAUCCUACUACAAACUUUUCCACGUUGGACGCCACAGCGCGUUGGAAUUUGGGUCGGAGGCCGUAUAGUUGGAGUCGGAACUCGCUCUUGACGGCAGCGCACCUCAUACUAUGCUGCGAUGAUGUUUGGAAUGGUCCUCUUGGCCACUAUUCGCAAAGCCAGGAUAAAGAAGCGUUUGCCGCACUUAUCAUGCGUGUCUCAUCACUGGAUGUAUUGGACUGUUGCGGAUGCUGCUGUACAGAGAGCGGAUGUAGUCCCGCUUCACUCCUCUUCUUAGGCCUCUGGCGAUGUUUCGGGUCGAAAAAUAGAACGGACUCACCCCAAGCAAUCGUUUCGUGCGUUGUCGAUUAUUUCACGAAAUACUCCGUCGAUUUGACAGGUCAUAACUCUGUCUGCUUAUCGGCUUUUCGUAUGCUCACUUUCGAAGCCCUGGGGAUGACUCAUACUUGUUGUCAAGGAGGGGCUGAGUGCAAGUUGUCUGACAACGAAAUCACCGAGGUCUGGGAUUCAGAGAGCCGCUUGACGGUUUUACUAAAAACGCUACAAGUAGAGUUUGCGAAGAGCUACCCCGAGCUGGGUUUGAGUUUCGUCGAUUUUCUCACCUCGCAAUGGGCACCGCGAUUGGAGAGGGCUGUCCUGGAAUUGAAAAAUCAGAAAAUGAGCGAGGACGAACUUGCGACCACACUAGUUCUGGGUGUUCGAUGGGAUAACGAGGAGCUUGCAGACACGACGGUAUCUUCAUCGUCAGAAUCAGAAUCGGAAGACGAGAGUGAUGGUGUACACUACUGGAUUGAGGAGCUCAAGAAGAUUGCGAAGAAUGACCCCAGUGCUAGAAAGUGGUAGUAACCACUUAAUAUGUUUGGAUACAUUUGACCGAAGAUGUGCUUUCCUUAGACCCUGAAACAAUUUCCCGAAUUUUGCAUAGGCUUAUACUCUAUAUCAAGC